AUGCUUGACAACGCACUAAUUGAAGAGCUCGGGUUACGUGGCCGGACUGAACGCUUGAACCUACAGUGGUUCGGAGGACGUGCCACCCAAGAGCCAGCCGUGGUGGUAGACUUACUCGUGAGUGGUGCCAAUAUGCAAAAGAGACAUAAACUACGAAGGGUUUAUGGUGUUUCAAACCUGCAGCUACCUUCUCAGAGCCUGAGUAAAGCCGAUUUGCGUUGCCAUGAAAAACAUUUAAAUAAGCUGGCAGUUCAGCCAUACGCGCAAGUCAAGCCAAAGCUGUUAAUCGGACUCGACCACUGCCACCUUGGUUUGCCGUCAACCACAAUGCAGCUAAACAAGUGUGGGCCGUUUGCCGCGAAUACUGAGUUGGGAUGGGUUGUGUUUGGACCAACAACCAACUCUUAUCCGACAUUGCCAUCAUGUUUAUUCGUUAACUGCCACACUGAGCAGUCGCUACACAAUGCGGUUGCCGAAUAUUUCGAGACGGAAAGCUUUGGGGUUCGAGCUGCGCCUGCCAUCGAGAGUGAAGCUGAUAUCCGUGCUCGCGAAAUCUUGAGGUCCACUACGUGCCGUGUUGAAGGAAGAUAUCAGACUGGUCUGCUCUGGAAGCGUCCCGACAUACAGCUACCUGCGAGCUAUGCUAUGGCCUUGAGGAGAUUAGCGGGUAUUGAAGCAAAAAUGAGGCGCGAUACAAACUUUGCCGCUGAAUAUAAGCGCAUCAUGAAUUCCUACGUCGCGAAGAACUACGCAAGAAAGCUGUCGCCAGAAGAAGCCGCUUUAACCAACGAUAGGACAUGGUACUUGCCUCACUUCGCCGUCAGCAAUCCCAACAAGCCAGGCAAGUUACGUAUGGUGUUCGACGCGGCUGCUGAGGUGGACGGUGUGUCCCUCAAUUCACAGCUCAUGAAGGGUCCACAGGAAUAUCGGCCUUUGCCUGCUAUACUAUUUCACUUUCGUGAAGGAGCAAUAGGCGUGUGUGGUGACAUCAAAGAGAUGUUCCACCAGGUGCUGGUUCAACGUGACGAUAGACGUGCGCAACGAUUUCUUUGGCGCAAUGGUGAUACCACCAGACAGCCCGAAGUGUAUGAGAUGCGCGUAAUGACCUUUGGAGCAGCAUGUUCGCCUUGCGCCGCCAACUAUGUGAAGAAGAUCAACGCGUUAGAGUAUCGCAAAAAAGUCAGUGGUGCUGUCCGAGCCGUGAAAUCGAUACUGGACUACCAUUAUGUCGAUGACUAUGUCGAUAGCUUCGACACAGAAGAAGAAGCAGCUGACAUCACGAAACAAGUUCGAGCAAUACACAAGAUGGCCGGUUUCGAUCUUUGCAAUUUCGCGUCGAACUCGUCAAGAGUGACAGAAGCCCUUGGUGGCGACGGAGCUACCCGUCAAAUAGCCAAGAAGGAAGGAGUACUGGUGGACAGAGUUCUCGGUUUGUUUUGGCAGGCAUCGACCGACACCUUUGGAUUUAAACUGAAGUUCAACAACGUAGAAUCCAGCGUAUUGAACGGAAUGCGCCGUCCGACAAAGCGAGAACUCCUCAGCGUGGUCAUGUCCAUCUUCGACCCGCUGGGAUUUCUGAGCAAUUUUGUAGUGAGUGCUAAGAUACUCAUGCGGGAGGUGUGGAAGCAUGACAUCCGGUGGGACGAACCAUUGCCAAACAACGUAAACGCCGCAUGGGAAUGCUGGCGUAAGCAACUUUCAACGGUCGCCGAAUAUGUCGUUCCUCGGUACUAUUUUCUAAACGGCAAACCUAAAGCUCUGCAGCUCCAUGUCUUCGUCGACGCUAGCGAGGAUGCCUUUGCUGCGGUGGCCUACUGGAGGUCAACCAAUGCCGUCGGUGAGGUGGAAGUCGCAUUUAUCUCCGCAAAAACCAAAUGCGCGCCGAUGAAGUCUUUGACGGUGCCUCGAUUGGAGCUUCAGGCAGCCGUGCUGGGUACGCGUUUAAUGAGCUGCGUCCGGGAGCAACACUCCUUGGACAUUGAUGACUGCAUCAUUUGGAGUGACUCCAAAACGGUAAUCCAGUGGCUUCGCAGCGAACAUCGGCGCUAUAAGCCAUUUGUGCAGCAUCGGAUCGCCGAGAUAUUAGCCGCAACUACUACCGCAAAUUGGAGAUGGCUACCUACCGAGGACAAUGUCGCCGAUGAGGCCACUCGAGCUAAUAACUUUAUCGACUUCAGCUCAUCUGCACGUUGGACCUGCGGCCCACCAUUUUUGUUACGAGAAGAGCAGGCUUGGCCGUCAGAGGGCUUCACAUGA